CGGCGGCGGGGUCGAGACUUGCGGGCAGAGGAGGUCAGAAGAAGUUUCGUGCUUGGAGAAGAGUUGGCUGGUGCCAUGGCUUUGCUCAGAGGAGUGUUCAUUGUUUCUGCUAAGAGGACUCCAUUUGGGGCUUUUGGCAGCCUGCUCAAGGACUUUACUGCCACAGACCUUGCAGAGAUUGCAGCCCGGUCAGCCUUGUCUGCUGGCAAAGUACCUCCAGAAAUCAUAGACAGCGUGAUUGUGGGCAACGUCAUGCAGAGUUGUGGAGAUGAUGCUUACCUUGCACGACAUGUUGGCUUGCGGGUUGGAGUGCCAAUCCCAACUCCUGGCUUAACCGUCAAUAGGUUGUGUGGAUCAGGCUUCCAGUCAAUUGUUAAUGGAUGUCAGGAGAUUUGCCUUGGCGAGUCAGAAGUGGUGCUGUGUGGUGGAUCAGAAAGCAUGAGCCAGAUGCCUUACAUUGUUCGAAAUGUCCGUUUUGGAACAAAACUAGGAGUUGAUCUCAAACUGGAAGACACAUUGUGGGCAGGUCUAACAGAUUCGCAUGUCCAGAUCCCUAUGGGUGUCACAGCUGAAAAUCUUGCUGCAAAAUACAACAUUACAAGGGAAGAGUGUGACCGCUAUGCCUUGAAGACACAACAGAGGUGGAAAGCUGCUCACGAAGCAGGACAUUUUAAAGCUGAGCUGGCGCCCAUCGAAGUGAAAGUUAAGAAGGGUAAACAGAGCAUGGAACAGGAUGAGCACCCCCGGCCUGAGACAACGUUGGAGCAGCUGGGGAAGCUCCCCACGGUCUUCAAGAAGGACGGCACUGUCACGGCUGGAAAUGCCUCGGGCAUAUGUGAUGGGGCAGGAGCCGUGAUCAUAGCAAGUGAAGAAGCCGUUAAAAAGCACAACCUCGCUCCCUUGGCUAGGAUUGUUAGUUACCAUGCAACUGGAUGUGACCCUCAGAUCAUGGGCAUUGGUCCCGUGCCUGCUGUUACUGAAGCACUGAAGAAAGCUGGCCUUUCUCUGAAAGACAUGGAUUUGGUUGAGGUUAAUGAAGCGUUUGCACCACAGUACUUGUCAGUGGAAAAGGUUCUGGGUCUGGACCCAGAGAAGACCAACAUCAACGGAGGAGCCAUUGCUUUGGGUCACCCUCUAGGAGCUUCGGGCUCCAGGAUCACGGCUCACCUGGUUCAUGAACUAAGGCGCCGUAGAGGUAAAUAUGCUGUCGGCUCUGCUUGCAUUGGAGGUGGGCAAGGCAUAGCUGUCAUCAUUCAGAAUACUGCCUGAAGGACACUCUCGGGUCUGCAGUGAUUUAACACUGCAUUCUCUGCCAACUGUUACACAGUCAGAUGACGAAAUUAAAGAGACCGUUAUAAUUCUACUUUGGUGCACAGACUGUAAUCAUCGAGCAAAGUGAAGCAAUGUGCCACUAAAAUCGUUUUUUUGGAGAAAGUAACAAGAUAACCUUUAACUUGAUUGUGUGGAUCUAGCCAUAAUUUGUAAUUGAUCCGUUUUACCUCCCCCUGAAUUCAGUUUUGAUUUUCCUAAUAGAAAUGUUCGUGGAUAAAUAUUUAUUAGCCAACAAUUAGAGCAAAAAUGAACCUACCAUUCGAUAUUUUAUCAGUGUGGCUUCCCAGGCUGGUUUCUGCGUUCAGUUAAUGUAAUUUGAUGAGUUUAGCACUGGCAUCAAGGACAUGGUUGGGUCUGAUUUCUGCUUGAGGAACUCUGCUGUUAAGCAAUAGGAAUGAAGUCUGACAAAAAUCAGUGUGCCUCUCUAAAAAAAUAAAACAAUAUGAAUU